AUGGGACUUCAGGGAACCCCUGGUCCGGUUCACCUGGAUAAAAAGGGAGCAUCGGGCACUCAGGGCCCGACCGGGGCCACAGGUACUGCAUUGGAUUCCGACUGUAUCUGCGUCAAGAAAAUGCAACUGGUUGGUCAGAAUGAUGUUUUCUUGACCGUCCCAGAGAACCAACCUCUGAAAUUGGACUGUCAGAUCAUUGGGCAGCUUCAGCCGACAUAUUCCUGGUCGAAACAAGGAUCAUGUGUGCGCAGUUUCAACGUUACGGGUUCCAUAGUCCACGUGACAGAUCGCGUGACGAUGAGGGAUGCCGGGACGUACGUCUGCAACGCGUCCAGUGGGGAUAACGUCCUGACCCAGACAUGCCAAGUGGCCGUAAACCGUUCUGGAUUUGAAGAGAAGUGUGAUUUCGAGAACGGUAAUCUAUGCGGCUGGCGUCAGGAUACGAGCGAUGUGUUUGAUUGGAUGUUCCAGUCUGGAUCUACCCAAACCGCAAACAGCGGGCCUUCUUGGGAUAUCACAACUCUUGGUUGAGCCGGGAAGUACAUCUUCAUCGAUGCCUCCUCGCCUCGUGUGAAGGGGGACAAUGCGAUAAUCGUGUCCCAACCACGUCCAGCGAAUCAAACGACGUGCCUCCAAUUCUUCUACAAUAUGUUCGGCGUCGGCAUUGGGGUCCUUGACGUCGCUAUUGUGGUGUGGGCAAUACUUUAACUAAACAUGUUUAUGCAUGCAUUAGUAUCACAGUCCUUUUACCAGGUUUAUCAAUGGUUUAUUAUUUAUUUAUUGUUUAACUUGUUUUAUUUUUAGCUUAUUGUAAAACGCCAUUGAAUAUGCAUUUUCAUAGUAAUUGGCGUUUAAGCAAAUAAACAAGUUUCAAGUUUCAAGUUUCACAGUCCGUAUCAAAAGUUAUAGGCCUAAGUAUGUUGGAACGAUGCUCCUUCCCAAUUCAGAGGUUUUGUGCAGGCUCAAAACAUUUUGACAUACUGUUUAAUAUGAUGUUUGUAGUUUCUUGGAGAUUGACCAGUGGACUUCGUAAUUUCUUCGGGACGUGGUAUAUUUUCGUAUUAGGGCCAGUUAGACGUAAUUCGAGUCUGGUUUAAAGCGUCUAAAACAGCGUAGAAAAGACCACGUUGACGAAGUACAUACGUAAAAAGAGUGUUUGAACCGUGUUAUCAUUCACUGUUGGUCAUGUUUUCACCAUGUGCUUACAAAAGCUCACGACGUUGUGAGGAUUUGGAAAAUGAAUGUGCUCUAGUUUGAUAGGUCCUAAUGGAGUUAUAAGCAAUCGGUAUCAAAGAUAUUUUAAACAUUUUGAAAUUCAUAUUUAAAUUCGUUGUAUGCAUAUUCAAAGUUGAGACUGCUAUAAUUAGUCCAGUUGUUUUCCAAAAUGCAUGUAGUAGAAACUUACCACAUUUCAUUACGGUGUAAAUUCAUUACGUAGUUCACGUUCUCGGGACACACGUGGUCGAAUUUUUCGACAUUAUUCGAGUCCGGCUCUGGCUGGAAAAGUUGGUUAUUGGACUUGAAAGCGUCGCAUGUCCCCAACGACUACGAGUUCAAAAUAUCUGCAACUGUAGGGAGCACUUUCCAUGGGGGUAUAGCGUUGGACGACAUCUGGAUUCAUGACACCGAUUGCUCGGUCAUGUUGAUGGCUUGCGACUUCACCGUAAACAUGUGUAGGUGGUCACAGUCAAAAACUGACGACUUUGAUUGGGAACGAAGACACGGGAACACCGGACCUUACUGCGACCAUACCGAUCCAGCUGGCGAG